UAAGUUAAUUUCGGAGAGUUCAGCAGUUUUUUCAUCUGUAUCAAUGAGUGGCAGUGUAAAAAUGUCAGCGUUAACACCAGAAUCUGGUGCAGGUCAUAUCAACACAAUUCGUAUCAUUUAUUGCGCCCUCUUCAUUUUCUUCACGGAAAUCUGGUUAGCUCAUUCUUUGUACAAACUGAUUACCUUUGAAGUCCACAAUGACUACGUGGCUAAACAAGAUUUCCGGGUACACUUCUUGAAUGAAUUCCAAAAUGAAGACAUCAGAGACGAAAUCAUUGCAAUGGUUUCAGUCAGGAACAAGCGAGACACAAACAAUACCAAAAGUCAUCUUAACAUUUCGGAAGACAAUCUCGAAGAAAGCUGCAAGGAGUUCUACCACUUUUGUCCCUCAGGACCACAAGGUCUGGUGGGAAUAUCGGGCCAAAAAGGAGAACCGGGUUUUCCAGGAUCAGUGGGUGAAAAAGGAGAACCAGGUGAUGAAGGAAACACAUUUGGUUUUACUGAUAGUUUAAAAGGCGAAAAAGGAGAACGGGGUGACACAGGAUAUUCGGUUCCGAACGGACACCUGGAAGUUUCCGGACCACAGUGUCAAAAAGGAGAGCCAGGUAUUCCAGGAAUAGCAGGAGUCAGAGGAGUUCAAGGGCCUCCAGGUGUUCCAGGUAGACAAGGAUUACCAGGACCUGCUGGAAGUCCAGGUUAUCCAGGUUCACUUGGAAGACCAGGAAUAAAAGGCCUAAGCGGACCACCCGGACUACAAGGACCUCCAGCUGCUUCAUGUUUACAAGCACCUCUUUGAGCAAAAUGUAUAGUGAUAAUCUCUUGGAUUUACUAUCAAUUAUUAUUAACAAUAAAAUAAAAAAUAUUAAUAA